GCUACAGGUACAUGUGACAGCGCUGCAGCGAUGAGUGGAAUUUUAAAGAGGAAGUUUGAAGAAGUUGACGGCUCCUCCCCCUGCUCCUCUGUGCGGGAAUCAGAUGAUGAAGUUUCCAGCAGUGAAAGUGCUGACAGUGGGGACAGUGUCAAUCCAUCCACUUCUAAUCAUUUUCCCCCUUCCUCCAUCCUUAAAAGGGAGAAGCGGCUGAGGACGAAGAAUGUACAUUUCAGUUGUGUCACCGUGUACUACUUCACCAGGAGGCAGGGCUUCACGAGCGUGCCCAGCCAAGGCGGCAGCACCCUGGGCAUGUCCAGCCGUCACAACAGCGUGCGCCAGUACACCCUGGGCGAAUUUGCCAGGGAGCAGGAGAGGCUCCACCGCGAGAUGCUGAGAGAACACCUCAGGGAGGAAAAACUGAAUUCUUUAAAGCUAAAGAUGACGAAGAAUGGCACCGUGGAAUCUGAAGAAGCUAGCACUCUUACAGUGGAUGACAUUUCUGAUGAUGAUAUUGAUUUAGACAACACCGAGGUAGACGAGUACUUCUUUCUCCAACCCCUGCCAACAAAAAAACGGAGAGCACUGCUGCGGGCCUCUGGGGUGAAAAAGAUUGAUGUGGAGGAAAAGCAUGAGCUACGAGCCAUCCGCCUAUCUCGAGAGGACUGUGGCUGUGACUGCCGGGUGUUCUGUGAUCCAGAAACGUGUACCUGCAGCCUGGCAGGAAUUAAGUGUCAGGUGGAUCGAAUGUCUUUCCCAUGUGGCUGCACUAAAGAAGGAUGUAGUAACACAGCAGGUAGAAUUGAAUUUAAUCCUAUCCGUGUCCGGACUCACUUUUUGCACACAAUAAUGAAACUUGAACUGGAGAAAAACCGAGAGCAGCAAAUCCCCACGCUGAACGGCUGCCACGGGGAGAUAAGUGCCCACAGUAGUUCCAUGGGCCCUGUGGCUCACUCCGUCGAAUAUUCCAUCGCAGACAAUUUUGAGAUUGAAACGGAACCCCAGGCUGCAGUGCUGCACCUGCAGUCGGCGGAGGAAUUAGAUUGCCAAGGAGAGGAGGAGGAGGAGGAGGAAGAGGAGGAGGAGGAGGAUGGCAGCAGCUUCUGCAGCGGAGUCACGGACUCCAGCACCCAAAGCUUGGCCCCCAGCGAGUCAGAUGAGGAGGAGGAGGAGGAGGAGGAGGAAGAGGAGGAGGACGAGGAGGAAGAGGAGGAGGACGACGAGAAAGGGGACAGUUUGGUGGAAGGUUUGGGUCCCCACUCCGAAGGGCUCCCUCUUCCUUCCGUCCUUUGUUACUCCGAUGGCACGGCCGUUCACGAAAGCCACGCGAAAAACGCCCCCUUUUAUGCCAACUCUUCUACCCUCUAUUACCAAAUAGACAGCCACAUUCCAGGAACUCCCAACCAGAUCUCCUCCGAGAACUAUUCGGAAAGAGAGACUGUCAAAAGCGGUACCCUCUCGCUGGUGCCUUACACCAUGACCCCGGAGCAAUUCGUGGACUAUGCCCGGCAAGCGGAAGAGGCGUACGGGGCCUCUCACUACCCAGCUGCCAACCCCUCCGUCAUCGUUUGCUGCGCCUCUUCGGAAAAUGACAGCGGUGUGCCCUGCAAUAGCUUAUAUCCCGAACACAGGUCCAAUCAUCCUCAAGUGGAAUUUCACUCAUACUUGAAAGGCCCCUCCCAGGAAGGGUUUGGCUCUACAUUGAAUGGGGACAGUCACAUUUCCGAGCAUCCUGCUGAAGAUUCUUUGAGCCUUGCAGAAAAGAGCAGAUUGCACGAAGAGUGCAUCAAAUCGCCCGUGGUUGAGACUGUCCCUGUUUAG